CGGGGCGCACCGAGGCGAGGAGGCGGGGAAGCCCGCCGCCGCCGCCGCCGCGCCCGCCCCUUCCCCCCGCCGCCCGCCCCCUCUCCCCCCGCCCGCCCGCCGCCUUCCUCCCUCUGCCUUCCUUCCCCACGGCCGGCCGCCUCCUCGCCCGCCCGCCCGUAGCCCCGGAGCCGAGGCCGCCGCGGCCGUGGCGGCGGAACCCUCAGCCAUGGCCUCGGGCGACACCCUCUACAUCGCCACGGACGGCUCGGAGAUGCCGGCCGAGAUCGUGGAGCUGCACGAGAUCGAGGUGGAGACCAUCCCGGUGGAGACCAUCGAGACCACGGUGGUGGGCGAGGAGGAGGAGGAGGACGACGACGACGAGGACGGCGGCGGCGGCGACCACGGCGGCGGGGGCGGCCACGGGCACGCGGGCCACCACCACCACCACCACCACCACCACCCGCCCAUGAUCGCGCUGCAGCCGCUCGUCACCGACGACCCGACCCAGGUGCACCACCACCAGGAGGUGAUCCUGGUGCAGACGCGCGAGGAGGUGGUGGGCGGCGACGACUCGGACGGGCUGCGCGCCGAGGACGGCUUCGAGGACCAGAUCCUCAUCCCGGUGCCCGCGCCGGCCGGCGGCGACGACGACUACAUCGAGCAGACGCUGGUCACCGUGGCGGCGGCCGGCAAGAGCGGCGGCGGCGGCUCGUCGUCGUCGGGCGGCGGCCGCGUCAAGAAGGGCGGCGGCAAGAAGAGCGGCAAGAAGGGCUACCUCGGCGGCGGGGCCGGGGCGGCGGGCGGCGCGGACGCGGGCAACAAGAAGUGGGAGCAGAAGCAGGUGCAGAUCAAGACCCUGGAGGGCGAGUUCUCGGUCACCAUGUGGUCCUCAGAUGAAAAAAAAGAUAUUGACCAUGAGACAGUGGUUGAAGAGCAGAUCAUUGGAGAGAACUCCCCUCCUGAUUAUUCAGAGUAUAUGACAGGGAAGAAGCUUCCUCCUGGAGGGAUACCUGGCAUUGACCUCUCAGACCCCAAACAACUGGCAGAAUUUGCUAGAAUGAAGCCAAGAAAAAUUAAAGAAGAUGAUGCUCCAAGAACAAUAGCUUGCCCUCAUAAAGGCUGCACAAAGAUGUUCAGGGAUAACUCUGCCAUGCGAAAGCACCUGCACACCCACGGCCCCCGAGUCCACGUCUGUGCAGAGUGUGGCAAAGCUUUUGUUGAGAGCUCAAAACUAAAACGACACCAACUGGUUCAUACUGGAGAGAAGCCCUUUCAGUGCACAUUCGAAGGCUGCGGGAAACGCUUUUCACUGGACUUCAAUUUGCGCACACACGUGCGAAUCCAUACCGGAGACAGGCCCUAUGUGUGCCCCUUCGACGGCUGUAAUAAGAAGUUUGCUCAGUCAACUAACCUGAAAUCUCACAUCUUAACACACGCUAAGGCCAAAAACAACCAGUGAGAAGAAGAUGGAGAAGACCCUUCUCGACCCCGGGGAGCAUCUUCCAGGAGUGUGAUUGGGAAUAAAUAGGCCUCUCCUUUGUAUAUUGUUUCUAGGAAAGAAUUUUAAAAAUGAAUCCUACACACCUAAGGGACAUGUUUUGAUAAAGUAGUAAAAAUUUAAAAAAAAAACUUUAAUAAGAUGACAUUGCUAAGAUGCUCUAUCUUGCUCUGUAAUCUCGUUUCAAAAACACGGUGUUUUUGUAAAGUGUGGUCCCAACAGGAGGACAAUUCAUGAACUUCGCAUCAAAAGACAAUUCUUUAUACAACAGUGCUAAAAAUGGGACUUCUUUUCACAUUCUUAUAAAUAUGAAGCUCACCUGUUGCUUACAAUUUUUUUAAUUUUGUAUUUUCCAAGUGUGCAUAUUGUACACUUUUUGGGGAUAUGCUUAGUAAUGCUAUGUGUGAUUUUUCUGGAGGUUGAUAACUUUGCUUGCAGUAGAUUUUCUUUAAAAGAAUGGGCAGUUACAUGCAUACUUCAAAAGUAUUUUCCUGUAAAAAAAAGUUAUAUAGGUUUUGUUUGCUAUCUUAAUUUUGGUUGUAUUCUUUGAUGUUAACACAUUUUGUAUAAUUGUAUCGUAUAGCUGUAUUGAAUCAUGUAGUAUCAAAUAUUAGAUGUGAUUUAAUAGUGUUAAUCAAUUUAAACCCAUUUUAGUCACUUUUUUUUUCCGAAAAAUACUGCCAGAUGCUGAUGUUCAGUGUAAUUUCUUUGCCUGUUCAGUUACAGAAAGUGGUGCUCAGUUGUAGAAUGUCUUGUACCUUUUACCACCUGACGUGUACACCCCGUGUAACAGAAAAGGGCAACAAUAAAACAGCAAUCCUACAGAAAGAAUAUGGCAGAAAAAGAUCUGUAAGCACAGUCUUAUUUCCUUUUGUUGUCCAGAAUAAUUAUAAUUCUCGAGCCUCCCAGAAAUUGGAAGCUAAAUAAAGCAACUCAAGUUUCCUUUA